ACAUACAUAAAAUUCCCAAUUGUUUUGUAGGAACUUUAAUUUUUAAAGGUGUGGCGAAAUUAGAUCUAUAGAUACGACUGUAUAUUCAUCCUUGUUUUACUCAUAGAUUUUAUACAGCAGAGUCCAAUCGGUAAAAAGAUAGCGAUUUAUUCUCAUAUUGAAUUAAGAAACGUUGCAUAUAAAGGGGAAAUUCCUAGAACAUUUCAGUGAAUCACAUGUCUGCCAUUUUAAUUCUGUCAUCUUAACAAAUUGUGUCGAGAAAAUACGACAAUUUGAGUCAGUUUUAUUUUAUAAUUGUAUUUUCAUAGAACUUAAUUUUAAACAUGGCGUCUAGUAGAGUUUUAUAUGCCGCUUUAUACAGUUUAUCGAUUUUGAUAUACCAAUAACAAGAAAGCUUACGUAUUCUACAUAAUAACUAGACAUUAUAUUGAGGAAUCUUAGAUCUAUACGUAUAGCCACAUAUAGCAACGACGCAUAAUCCAAACGACAACACAAUUUUUUUAUUCAAGGUACAGAUUAAAUUCGUAAAAUAUGGCUGAAGCUAUCGUUGAUGGUACGACACCAAUGUCGCGAUUUUUUUGUCACAAGUGUAGUGUUGAAAUAGAACGAUUAUUACCAGAUUACACAUGUCCAAAUUGUGCCAAUGGUUUUGUCGAAAAAUUGGAAAACGUUGAAGAUGAUCGAGACAUAAAUAUGGAGAUAAGCACUGAAGAUUUUAAUGAUAUUGAUUUUAAUCCUUCUAGUUCUGCAACUCAAAAUACAAGUAAUACACCAAGAAGAUCUCGUUGGGAUGAGCCAAAUUCGGAUGAAAGAUUCACUGAUUCUCGAGAUAGGCGAGCUCAAGCACAAGAUCAUUUAUUACACGAAUUUUUAUUAAACUUAGCUGGAGUUGGUAUACAUCGAUCAUCACAACAAAUAACUACUGCUACUGGAAGACAAGCACCUCUAUUUUUCUUGGGCAAUCCCAGAGACUAUGUUUGGGGUAGAGAUGGAUUAGACACUAUUGUAAGUGAAUUAUUAAAUCAAUUAGAUACGAAUGGACCACCACCGUUAUCACGUAAUCAGAUUGAUGAGCUACCAACCACAGCAAUAAUUCAAUCACAUAUUGAUAUUAAACUACAAUGUUCUAUAUGCUGGGAAGAUUUUAUCCUUGCGGAAUUAGUUCGACAAUUACCUUGCAAACAUUUAUAUCAUACUCCUUGUAUUGUACCGUGGCUUGAAUUGCAUGGCACGUGUCCUAUAUGUCGACAAAAUUUGGGUAAUGAAAAUGCAGCUGAAACUACUCAGGAUGUAGUUCCUCCUAAUCUUGAAGCAUUUCUAAGAGUGGCAAAUCAUCUCAGUAGUAGAAGCUCUACUACUACUACUAUUUCUUCUUCAUCACCAAGUAGUAGCAGCAGUAACAGUAGUAUUAGUACCACCAACAGUAACAAUACUAGUAACGAUAAUAAUAGCUGUUUUCAUAAUAUGAACAGAAGCAGGAGUAGUAAUAGUAGCAGUAGUAGUAAUAGUAGUAGUAGUAGUAGUGGUAGUAGUAGUUGUACCAGUAGUAGUAGUAGUAGUAGCAGUAAUAACUGAUAAUAUUAUGGAUAAGAUUUAAGGUUAAUUUGGUAGUAAAUACAAAAAUAUUUAUAUUAUUACUUGAAAAUUUUUUCUUAUAUUGAGGUAUUUAACUCCAUAUUAACAUCUUUACAUAAUUGAAACUAAAAUUUUAUGCUCAGUAAAAUAGGUACUUGAUGCACAAUACUGUAACAUGUUCAACAACAUACUUUACCCUACGCGUCCUGAUUGAUCGUUAAAUUAUGAUAUCUUGUAAUUCAGUUAAAAUGUGAUAAAGUAAAUGUAAAAAGUACAAUGAGUGUAAAACUUUAAACUAUAAAUGUUUUAAUAAAUAACUAUAAUAGGAAUAAA